CUAGAGACAGACUAGCUAGUUUGCGGCUGUUGGGAACAAAACAGAGCGAGUUUUAAUGAUUUGUAAUCAAACCUUUACUCUGUUUGUUCAGACUCGUAGCUAAACAGCACGUUUCCAGUUUCAACUGUUUAUCGUUUUCAUACAAAAGCUGAAGUUCUGCUAGUGACGAUGGGAGUGCCGAAAUUUUACCGCUGGAUUUCUGAACGCUAUCCUUGUCUCAGUGAAGUUGUCAAAGAACACAAGAUUCCAGAAUUUGACAAUCUUUAUCUGGACAUGAAUGGCAUCAUCCACCAGUGCUCUCAUCCAAACGACGAAGAUGUCCACUUUCGCAUCUCCGAAGAGAAGAUUUUUGCGGAUAUCUUUCAUUACCUGGAGGUACUGUUUCGGAUCAUCAAGCCGCGCAGGGUCUUCUUCAUGGCUGUGGAUGGUGUGGCACCAAGGGCAAAGAUGAACCAGCAGAGAGGACGCAGAUUCAGGUCCGCUAAAGAAGCAGAGGAGAAGAUUAAGAAAGCUCUGGAUAAAGGAGAGGUGCUUCCAACAGAAGCUCGCUUUGACUCAAACUGUAUCACUCCUGGCACUAAUUUCAUGGCGAGACUACAGGAACAGCUCGAGUACUUCGUCCACAACAAGGUGUCUAAUGACAAACUGUGGCAAAACGUCAAAGUCUUCUUGUCGGGUCACGAGACACCAGGUGAAGGAGAACACAAGAUCAUGGAGUUCAUUCGUUCUGAAAACGCCAAAUCGAAUCAUGAUCCCAACACCCGUCACUGCCUGUACGGCCUGGAUGCUGACCUGAUCAUUUUGGGCUUAACCAGUCAUGAGCAUAAUUUCUCCCUGCUCAGAGAGGAGGUCCGCUUCGGAGGGAAGAAAUCCCAGAAAAGGAUCACAGCUCCAGAGGAGACGACUUUUCACUUACUCCACCUGUCUCUGAUGCGAGAGUACAUUGACUAUGAGUUCUCAGAGCUAAAGCAUCAUUUGGGUUCUGGUUAUGACCUGGAGCGGAUUAUAGACGACUGGAUAUUAAUGGGCUUCCUUGUAGGAAAUGAUUUCAUCCCUCACCUCCCUCAUCUUCACAUUAAUCAUGAUGCUCUGCCGUUGCUGUACAAAACUUACAUCUGUGUGCUACCCAGCCUGGGGGGUUACCUGAAUGAGAACGGCCACCUAAACCUCAGAAACUUUGAGAAAUACUUGGAGAAACUUUCUGAGUUUGACCGGGAGCAUUUUAGAGAGGUGUUUGUGGACUUGAAGUGGUUUGAAAGUAAAGUCGGCAACAAAUAUCUGAAUGAGUCAGCUGGUCUGGCAGCUGAGGAGGAAGCUGCGAGCCGAGCUGGCAGAAAAACAGAGGACUCUUCCAUCCAUCUCGCCGCCUUGACCUCCUCUGAAAAAGUGGAUGAACAAGAAAAAGGAGAACUUGCAGAUGAGGAGGAGGAAGACGAGAUGUUUGAAACAGAGUUCAGACAAUACAAACGCACAUACUAUAUGACCAAGAUGGGCGUUGAUUUGGUGUCUGAUGAGUUUCUCGCCAAACAAGCCAAAUGUUAUGUGGAAGGCAUCCAGUGGAUUCUUCACUACUAUUACCAUGGUGUUCAGUCGUGGAGCUGGUACUACCCUUACCACUAUGCCCCGUUCCUGUCUGACAUUCGAAACAUAUCAGAAUUAAAGCUGACCUUUGACCUUGGGAAACCCUUCAUGCCUUUCCAGCAACUGCUGGCUGUCCUGCCUGCUGCCAGCAAGGAACUGCUCCCUGAGGGCUACAGGGACUUGAUGACCAGUCCAAAUUCUCCCAUUAUUGAAUACUAUCCUCUUGACUUCAAAACUGACCUCAAUGGAAAGCAGCAGGAAUGGGAAGCUGUGGUGCUGAUUCCAUUCAUAGACGAGACGUGCCUCCUAGCAGCUAUGGAGCCUUUCACUAACAACCUGACGAAGGAAGAGAAGGCCAGGAAUCGGCACUCUGAGUGCGCCAUGUACUCAUACGACCCAGACAUGAUCUUUACAUACACCUCCUCCCUGCCUCAGCUGUUCCCAAGCAUCGUUCAUUGUCAUGUCAGGGAAGUCCAGAUCCCCAUGAAUGCUUGGCAUGUACCAUUAGACCAUGUCAGCAAGCGUGUUGACCGCUCAUCUGUGUACUUCUGUGGUUUCCCCACUUUGCACCACAUUAAACACAAGUUCUAUAAGAAGAAGAGUGGAGUGGUCGUGUUCCAGCAGAGUAGCAGAGGGGAGAACAUGAUUCUGGACCUCCUUCCCAGUCAGGAUGGAGAAACGAUAUGUGAUCAUGUUGCUGCAGAUGUUUUAGGGAAGCCUGUGUUUGUCAACUGGCCCCAUCUAGAGGAAGCUCGCGUUAUUGCAGUAUCAGACGGCGAAACCAAAUUUGCUCUAGAGGAACCUACUGGAGUCCAGCAAGUGUAUGACAGGCCGUCCAGUCCUCCUCCCACUAAAGUCUCUUGUUUGUCAGACAAAGAGCAGAAGGAAUGGGUCAAGGAUGUCCAGGGAAUCACUGAACAUUUCUUCAAGAGGAAAGGCAUCGUAGUGAAUGACACACAGGUGCUUUUGUACGGUCAGAUGCUGACGGGAAGAAAGUAUGUCCCUAAAGCCAAUGGAGUGGUGGAACUGGAGAAACAGUGGGCCAAACAGGUUCUCCCUUUCGCGUACCAGACCGUGGUUAAGGACAUCAAGGCGUUUUACUCAUCUCUGACCUGCUUUAAGAGUUUGGAUGAACUCUUUACUCCAUCAACUACAGUCUUCAUGGUGGGAAGCCCUUACUAUGGUGCCAUGGGAGAGGUACAAGACUCUCAAGAUGUCAUCAAAGACGGUCGGAUACGAGUGGUUUUCAACGUGCCUCAUGAACCGCAGCUGGAACACUUGAUCCAGAAUCAACACAAAUACUCGGUCAAGUACUGUCCAGGCUACUUCCUGGCGUCUCGCCUCGGCAUCAGCAGCUAUCUCGUCUCUCGCUUCUCAGGAAGCAUCUUCAUCGGCAGAGGCUCCAAGAAAAAUCCCUGUGGGGAGCAAAGAGCUAAUGUUGGGCUGAACCUAAAGUUUAACAAGAAGAAUGAGGAGGUUCCUGGGUACACCAGGAGAACUGAGAAAGAGUGGCUCUACUCUGCUGCAGUUGAGGAGCUGCUAGCUGAAUACCUGGACAGAUUUUCUGACGUUUUUGAUGCGGUGUCCAGAAACAGUCAUGACGAUGUGUUCUACGAAGACGACAUCUGGCCGGGAGAAGAUCAGAAUGGAGCAGAGAAGGUGGCUGAAAUCACCUCCUGGUUGAAAAGUCAUCCAGUCAGCUCCACCAGCAGAGCAUCAUGUGACCUCCAGGUUCUGGAUGCUGCCAUCGUGGAGAAGAUUGAGGAAGCAGUGGAAAAGACCAGGGUGAAGAGGAGCACCAAGAAAGUUCGCGUGACGGUCAAGCCUCAUCUCCUGUUUCGGUCCCUGGAGCAGCAGCAGGGUGUGGUUCCAGACCCCAACGCUGAGUAUCGGCUGUUUGACAGAGUCGUCAAUAUCAGGGAGAGCUUCACUGUCCCACUGGGACAUAGAGGGACAAUCAUCGGCAUCAAAGGAGCGGAGCGCGAGGCGGAGGUUCUCUAUGAGGUCCUGUUUGAUGAGGAAUUUGCUGGAGGUCUUAACAUUAGAUGUACAACUCCUCGUGGUUACCGCCUCCCUCCCUGCGCUCUCAUCAACCUGUCCCACGGUACCCGGUUGGACAACGGCUCCCGCAAACUCACCGCCAUCGUGAAACCUCAGCCAGCCACCGGUGCCAACUGCAACCUGCACCGCCUGGCAGGCCUCAACCACUCGCCUCGCUCCCCCUUUGUACCCACACAGCAUAACAAGGCGUCUCAAGGUAACAAAACGCCAUCUAAAGGUCCCAACCAAAAACAGCAAGCUAAGUCUAAAGAGGAGUACAGUAAUGUGUGGCAGUGUCUGCAGAAGACAGGCCCUCCCAACAAACCUCCUGCUCACUGGCACAAUGAUGUUCCAGCUGGGGGCAUCAGACUGUUGAAGAAAAAUGAAGACGUGACCUCCUUUAUCCCCUCAAAGAACUCUGCUAACAAGGGCACCACUGAAUUUGAGGACCUCAUUGCGAAUUUGAAGAUAUCCCAGGGUAGCCAGCAAACGCCACCACCUCCUGCUGUUCCGGAGGAACCCAGCAACCAGUCAGAUGGUCCAUUGUCUCCACAGUCCUUCGCCAUGAAGGGAACCCUGGUUCUCAAGGAGAUGCUGAAGAUCGAUGGCACAGGAAAAGGAAGUCCAACAUCCCAGGAGUCUGUAAACCCGGUUCCCUCCUCUGGCCAGCAGCAGAACAGAAAACGAUCAAAUAAGAAACUAGCUGCAAAAAUAAACAACCUUCCUGGUGAAUCGGUCACCUUACCCUCUCCAGCAUCAGUUGCCUCUGCUAACACUGUCCUGAGCAGUAAGGUAUCAGAACUGGCCUGUGUCUGCGCUGGCCUCGGCAUGGCCCCUCCUGACUACAGCUUCAUUCGCAACCGACUGGAUCUGCUGGUUUGUCAGGUGAAGCUGUCCAAUGGGUUAAUGGCUCAUGGACCUCAGUGUCAAUCAGAAAAUGAAGCCAAGGAGAAAGCUGCUUUCUUUGCCCUCCAAAGACUGAACUCUCUGGGGUCAGGGUUCCCCCUCCCUCCUCAUCUAUAUCCAGGAAUGGCUCAGAUGCAGCGGCCCCCGUUGGGAGCCAUGCCACCGGUCUUUAACCAACAAGGUGGUUUGCUGUUUCCCUCUCAGGGUUACGGCCCCCCUCCUCUUUGGGGAAUGCCCCUGCCUCCUCACCACCACCCCAACCAGCCGUUCUAUGGAGCACCGGGAACCUUCCCUGGUGCUGUCCGCCCUCAGCAGGCUACUUCUCUACCCAUUGGGUCCCACAACCAAUUCAUCCCGUUACAGGUCACCAAAAAACGAGCGUCGGCCAACAAAAAGAAACAGGAAGCCAGAGAGUUUUACAGCGCCGCCCACACCGUUGCCAAGAACCAAUCACAGAAAGCCCAGAGCCAGCUUUCUGCUCAGUCGCAACCUCAGAACGAAUCACAGAGCAACAAAUCACACCAGCCGCACACACACGAGGCCAACAGCAACCCCGCCUCAUCCAGUCCCAGCCUAGCAGACAACUUCUCCACGAAGACAGCAGUCUCACACACGCCUCCCCGUCAGAGCGCACCCACAGCAGGCCACACCCCUGGCUCCGCCUCUAAGAGGAAGCACAGGAAGUUGGCUGUUAACUUUGAGGCAACUAAAGUGUCAGAGUGAGCUAGGCUUUGUCUCUCUAUAAGGUGUGUGUAUGUUUGAUGGAAAAAAGUGUUGAUUUUUAUUGUUUUUAAGCUGCUGCUGAAUCUCUGAUGGAAACCUCAUCAUUGUCUCUCGUAACCACGUUGGGGCAGAAAUCCGCUUCUUCCUGGUGCAUAAAACUGGAUGUUUUUUCUUUUAACAUCUGAUCCUGACUAAAUCAGUGCUGCAAAUCUCCCUGAGAUGCCUUUUUUAAGCUUAAAUAUGCCCGCUGUGUUUAAGCCAACAGGCAGCUGUGCAGAUCUUUUAUUAGAGGUGUAAUUCUAGUAUUCUUGUUUUUUAUUCCAUCUUUGCCAAAGUAAAGUACCAUUGAGGAUCAAUUCCACCAUACAGAGCAGAAUGAAUUUUUAUUAAGAUAUUAGCAGGGCACAGCACAAUCGAGAGAGUCAUUAGUCUUCUGUUUGUAAAUAUUUCCAUCACCUUGUACUGAAACACUUGUAGGUUUAUUGGACGACACAUUCAAACACCUGGAGACAUUUCAUCUAAAGGUUAAAGUCUGAACAGGCAAACAGCCUGGAUUUUUCUUUUCCAUCUAUUUUUAGUAUUUAAAAAUAUGACAAAUGGCAGAAAAGGGCAAUAAAAUCUUUCAUCUUUGGCAUUUCUUAGCCCAAUCAGGUGCGCUUUGAUUUUCCCAUUUCUUUUCACGGCUGUCACCGCAAUCAUUUUCCCUUAGGCGGCAAAUUUAGAGAAAGAUCUCUGAUUAGGAUUGUAGUGAUGUAAAACACUGCCUUCCAAAACGUAGAAAUGUGCAUUUUAGGUGAGAUGGAACCGAUUUUUGUUUGUUUUUCAUUUUAGGUGUUGUGCGUUUUGUAUUUCACGUUUUUUUUUCACAGGGCAUUGAUUUUAUGCAGCCUGCACAGUGCCACAGUUUAAUACAUUAAUACAUAAAUCUUUAAAUAAUUGUUUAUAUAUGUUAUAAUUACAAAAUGUUUUUAAAAAAGUGCAUUUAAUAAAUAAGGAUGUAAAUAUGCUUAUUCAAAUGUGUAAAAAAUAAAUAUGUUAAAUGUGGAAUAGGUUAUAUGUUAAAGAUAUAUAUAACCCUUUAGCAGUUCAAUAGGCUAUAGUUCCAGUGCUGAAAUAGUUGGCAUUGCUAUUGUCAAGUCAACUCUUACAUCUGAUUGGUCAACCUGCACAGCAUGUUAGCAGAUUAUAUUGAGAGCAACAGUGGUAGCCCCGCCCCAUAAAGUUUGACAAAAUUAAUGUGUUAAAGUUGUACCUCGAUGAAAUAAUUACUAUUAACUGCUACAUAUGCUUUUUGUAAAUACAGUAUAUAUUUACUAACAGCAUAUUUAUUUGAAAUUUAUUUCCACUUUGAUUAAGGACAUGUUUAAGCAAUUAUUUAAGGAUAUAUUUAUCUGAUUAAUUGUGGCACAUUUGGAUGUCCAUAGUGUAAGCCUGACUUAAAUAUGCUUCAGUGAAACAAGAGGGUUUUCCCACUCUGUCCUCUUUACUGUAGGCAUCAUGGGAGGCGAGGCGGUACCCGAAUAAAGGCCUGUUCACAUCAGCCCUGCAGCAGGUCCCAGAGCGCUUUUAAUCCAGAUGUUUCAGCAAACAAACCUGGAUUGUAUUUCUCAGGGAUGUGGUUUUUUUGGCCAAAGCCCUCUUUACUCGCUUUUUUUUAAUAGUAACUCAUUUGAAUGUUCAUCGUGGUUGACGGCUUUUCUGUUGCAGUUACUAGUUUUUUGUUGUUGUUUUUUUUUUUUUAUCAUGCAGAGGCGUUUGCCUUCUACCACGGCUUCAGUAGAGAUCAUUUAGGGUUCGGACUAGCUUUUUGGAUCGAGAGUAGUUGUUGUUUCACAUUUGUCCUUUUGUUUUCCAUCUUUGCUGGCAACUGUCCUUUAUUCCCUGCAGAUUAAUAUCAUUUUUAGAUUUUUUAUAGUUUAACCGCACUGCCAAAUUAUACAACUAAAUGUGAAAAAAAUAAAAAUACUACCCCCACCCCCUUCUACGUUGGAGAACUGACUGCUAAUUUGUCACACUCAAAAAGCAGCUUCAUUAUAUCUUUCAAAUGUAGUUUUUGCCUCAGUGGGACCUGUUUACUGCCAUUUCCAGACGUAUUGUUUUACUGUUUGUUAAUCUGGCUUUUCUGCUGCAAACAGACUUGAUCAGCUUUAUGCAUUUGGAGUAUAACACGCCUAUUGUGGCCUAAUGGACAUUUAUUUUAACAAGGGGUGUACCUUAGGAUGAUUUUAUAUAUUAAAUAGGGACCCCAUUAUGUGGCCACUGUGGAGGCAUCUUGGAAUACUACAUUUUCCUUUCCCUACACCUGUUGGUAUUGUGGCUUUAUGCUUAACAAAAAACACCAAAUAUGGAAAACGAUUUUGCAAAUAAUUUUGUUCUUUUUUACAUUUCAACAUGUGGUGUGAGAUCACAUACAGAUAAGGAUUUUGUUCUUCUUAUCGGCAUUUCUGAAUAUAUCCUGUUUUUCUAGAAGUUUCAAAUUCACUUUUAUUGCUAGUUCAUUUUGGCCUUCAGUGGAGUGGGGGGAAAAUAACCCACUCUGACUUUAAAACUUGAGCUCUGCUGAUCCUGCGUUGGCUGUGACACACAUGAUGUCUUAGUUGGAAGUAAGCGUUGAAUCGAUGUAAAGGAGCCACACACUGUCUUUACUACGUCAGAACCAGCUACGCCAGCCUCUGAUGUUCCUUGAGGGUUUGGGCGUUUGGAAAGCUGUUUUAAAGUUCCUGCUUUAUCCUAUAAAACUCAGACACAUUCAUGAUAAAAUCAGUCUGUUUUAGAGAUUUUCUUUUCUAAAUCAUGGAUUUUAUCAGCAGGAUUUUGUGAUGAAAGCAAAGCAUUUGAGGCAUAAGCUGUUAAGCUGUUGUUCAAAAGUGUCCAGGAUUUGUUUUCGGCUUUUUGUUUUUCUUCCUCAUAAGCGGUCAUCCUGACGUCACACAUGGGACUUAAAUCUUCAGGCUCUGAUGCAAUAAGUGGACAUUUUUAAACUCUUUGGGAAAUUAAAGCACACCCUUUGUUUGUGUUGUUGUUUUUCAGAUUUGAAACAAAGUAAAGAAUUAAGAUGUGCUGUACAUAUUCAUUUAAUAAACAGUUUUUGUUAGAACAUGA